GCCUUGUUAAUCUUUAUUUCUUCUUUUUUCUUUUGACUCUCUCUCUCUCACUCUCUCUUUCUUCUUUCUUGUUAGUAUUUCAUCGUUGUCAAGCACUCUUGAAACUAGUAUUCAACAUUCAACUCAUCUCUCUUACUACCUCAAACACACCACACUCAAAGAAAGAGAGAGAACCAAAAAAAACUCAUUAACAUGGAGUCAUCACUCGUUGCUGAAACUCCUAACAAGAAACCAAUGUGGUUAUAUCCUAAGGUUCUAGGUUUUAAUCCUUCUCAAAGAUGGGGUCAUUCUGCUUGUUUCUCUGGAAGGUUCAUGUAUGUUUUUGGGGGAUGUUGUGGUGGAUUGCAUUUUAGUGAUGUUCUAUGUUUGGACUUGGACAAAAUGGAAUGGAACAAAGUUGUUACAACAGGUGAAAAACCAGGUCCUAGAGAUAGUCAUAGUGCAGUUCUUGUAGGACAAAAAAUGAUAGUUUUUGGUGGUACAAAUGGGUUUAAGAAAGUGAAUGAAACUCAUAUACUUGAUCUUUAUACCAAGGAAUGGAUUCGGCCUAAAUGCGAAGGGACGCCUCCUUCGCCGAGGGAAAGUCAUACUGCUACACUUGUUGGUGGUGAGAGGCUAGUGAUUUUUGGUGGUAGUGGAGAAGGUGAUGCAAAUUAUUUGAAUGAUUUGCAUAUUUUAGACCUUAGAAGUAUGAGAUGGAGUGAGGUUGCUGAGGUGAGUGGUGAUUUGCCUGUUCCUAGAGAUAGUCAUUGCAGUGUUGCUGUUGGGAAUAAGCUUAUUGUUUAUGGUGGAGAUAGUGGUGAUAUGUAUCAUGGUGAUGUUAGUUUGCUUGAUAUGGAAACAAUGACUUGGAUUAGGAUGAAGAAUCAAGGUUCUUCGCCGGGAGUCAGGGCAGGUCAUACUGCAGUGAAUAUCGGAACCAAGGUAUACAUCAUUGGAGGGGUUGGAGAUAAACGAUAUUGCAAUGACAUUUGGGUGUUUGACAUACACACUUGUUUAUGGACUCAACUUGAUAUAAAUGGUCAACAGCCACAAGGGAGAUUUUCUCAUACGGCUGUUGUUGCAGACAACGAUAUUGCCAUAUAUGGCGGCAGGUGUGGAGAAGAUGAACGUCCUUUGAAUGAAUUGUUAGUGUUGCAGCUUGAAGCAGAACAUCCAAAUGGACAUAGUAGAGUAUCUAGGUGCAAAGUUUUCGGAAAUUAUUGGAAUCAAGAAACGAAAACCAUCCUUGCGGGUGAAGCAGAAACCAACUCGGUAAAAAAAAAAAUUCCACGCAUUGGAAGUAAUAUAGAAGUCUUGGGAAAAUGGGGUUAUGGAGUCGCAUCAGAAAAGGCGCAACCUUAUCAAUUUGAUUCAGGAACUUCGCAACAGAAGAGGAGGAGAAUUGCUGCUACAAAGGUUUGGGAUGUUGAUUCAGAACAAGAAGAGCAUUCUCUAUCGUUGUCUCAACAUUCAUCUCCGUCUCAAUCUGAUCAAGAACAGACUCCAGGUCAAAAACCAAAUGCUUCUGUCAUGGAUUCUCAACGUUAUCAUCGAGUCAAACUCAAUAAAAUUUCAACUGCUUGCCAGCCGGGCAACCUCUCGGGUAACAAGAGAUUUCUGAAGAAUUGUGCGCAAAUAAGUCAACAAGAUCUUCGUGUAAUGGAUCAUCAACCAAAGCAAGAGCAAUAUCUUCAUGUUGAUGAGAACAAAAAAGGAACUCGACAAUACCAAGCUGUUGAACCGAAGCCGGCUGCACGAGGACUUACUCAGCACCUGAUUGGUGCUGAAGUUCGCGGAAAAGUUGAUGGAGCCUUUGACUCAGGUCUUCUAAUGACAGCAGUCGUAAACGGAAGACUUUUCAGAGGAGUUUUAUUCUCACCAGGAGCAGGCGUAACUGAACCAAAUUAUUCUAUACCGUGUGUAUUUCCAUCCUCCACUCAACCUCUCGGGAACUCGAAUCAUGUUGAUAAUUCAAGGGAUACUCGGAAAGUAACUAAUUGUUCGCGUUUGGAGCCUUGCUCCAGCUUAAGGCAACCACACUAUGCUCGACUAUCUCCUAUCUCGAAAGGCGCUACGACUGUAUCCUUACCUGAAGAACAUAAAAUCAGGAGUGACUUACAAGGAUUGGCUUUAACACUAGGAGGGCCUGCUAAUGGCAACCAUGUUUGAUACUAAAGUGAAAUAUUAUUGAGGAGGUUAAUAAAGUUUAUGUACUUGCUAUGUAUUUCAAUGGUUAUGUGUUUUUAGGAUCAACCAUAAGUUAUGUAGUACUAUUUGGUUUUUUCUCUCUAUGAGAAUAAGUCUUAUCUACCUACCAUACAAUGUUAACAUAAAUAUUUAUUUAUGUAGUUCACAAAGUAACAACCUUAAUUUCUGCUACAUGAAUUUUGUGUAAACAAGAACAAGCACAGUAGCAU